GUCGAGCGCGUCGCCGACCGCGUCGCGAUCUUGCGCGCGGGACAAGUCUUGGCGUGCGAGCGGCUCGACGAACUCAAACGCACGUCGGUCGAAGCGACGAUCACCAUGCACGGCAGCAGCGGCGUCCUCCCCGAGCUGCCCGGAGAAGUGCUCCUCAGCCGCCGCCGCGGCAAGCAAUGGCAGGUCCUCUUGCGCGGCGUCGCCGAUCACGACUCGCUGUCGUCGCUCGCCGAAAGCGAAACGGUCGUCGCCGUCGAUACCCGGACGCCGUCGCUGGAAGAGUUGUUCGUCGCGUACCUGCAAUCGGACGGGCCAUCCGCGUCUCCAGACGCCUCCCACAAUUGUCGCUCCACGCUCAACCAUCUCCAAGCAUUCCGCGAGGCGACGAUGCCCACCGCCACCGCCCUCGGCGCCCCCAACACUCUGCGGCUCGCGAAGCGCUUCUUCUGGAAGGAGUGCCGCCGGCUGCGUGGCUUGGGGGUGGGCGUCUUCCUGUUGGCGACGGCGCUGAUGGCGGCGAUGGGGCGCCUCAUCCCCGAUGAUCGCGCGCUGUGGACCGCCACGACGCUGAUCGCUGUCAUCGGCGGCGCGAUGCUCGCGGUCGCCGCGGCCGUCACGCUGUUCUCCGUCGAGAAAGAGGAAGGAACGUCGGAACUGCUCGAGCGGCUGCCGCGGAACCUCUCCGCGAUGACGAUCGGCAAGCUCAGCGCCGCUAUGGUUGUCAUAUCGCUCUGCACGAUGGCGCUGGUGGCGAUGUCGUUCACGGUCACCGAUCGACCCUUCCAUUUGGACCGCUUCGUAACGCACUUCUUGCCGCCGACGUUGCUCCUCAUCGUUACGGCAUUCGUCUGGAGCCUCGUCGCGUCGCUCGCCUGCCCCAACCCGCUGAUCGCCGCGGUGCUCGGCAUCGCGAUGGCGUCGGUGAGCGUCCAGGCAGGCAUCUACCUCACCAACCCCGACCUCCGCGCCUACACCGGCGAGGAGUUGGAGGAUUCGGCUGCUAGAGGGCUGGCGCUGGCAGGCGUCGGCGCUAUCGUCGCCGGUUGGCUGGUGACGCGAUGGCCGGCGCCGAUGCGGGGACGAAGGGUUGUCGCCGCGGAGUUGGACACGCCGCUAAGCCGCAAGCGGCUGCGUUGGCCGUCGCUCGGAUGGGGGCUCUUUGGGCGGUACUUCUGGCAGACGCUGCGGCAGUCGUGGGCGACGGGCGUUGUGGCGAUGCUGCUGGGGUUGUUCUUGACGUUCAUGUCCGUCCUCAUUCCGGAAGGGCUUCUCGAGGCCAACCGCACGUGGCGGUUCUUCUCCGGCGUCGGGCUCCUCUUCGCGCCGGCGCUGCUGGGGGCGGUGGUGUUCCGCGCCGACCAACGUCGCGACGCCUACCGUUUCCUCGCCGAGCACGCCGGCCGGCCGCGUAUGCUGUGGCUGGCGCGGAACCUCGUCGGCUUGGCGAUCCUUGGGCUGUUCACCGCCUUGCUGGUCGCCGUGUUCCUUGGCGUUUGGUUGUUCAUGGUCGGCGUCCCGGGCAGGAUCGACUUUGUCUACCAGUACUCAACUACGGCCGGCGUCGAUUUUCUACGAGUCGUGCAAGGACUCAUCGAUGGCAAGCAACUUGCCAUCGUCGCCGCUACGGCGGUGCUGACGGCGUACGCCUACGGGCAGUUCUUCUCGCUCGCCCUGCGGAGCGACGUCAUCGCCGCGAUGCUGGCGCUCGUCGCUUCAAUUGUGGUCUUGGGUUGGUCCAGUGUGGUCCUGGCGUGGGAGUUGCCGCCACUGGCAUUUCUCCUGCCGCUCGCCAUCGGAGCGCUGCUCGCGGCUUGGCUGCGCGUCAGCGACUGGAUGUUCGACCGCCGCGGCUGGUGGCGCUGGGCGGCGCCGGUCGCGGCGCUAUUGGCGCCAGCCGCCUGCUUGCUCCCCAUCGUGCCGGCGGAACGGCUCGCGCAAGUCAACAGGCCGACGCCGCUCAUCGCGACCAGUGGCCUAGUUCUCAUGCACCCGGAGGUCCGGGUUGAGAGCGUACCCCCUCAAGUCGGCUCUUGGCACGUAAGGAGCGGUGUGAGGUUUGACGAGCUUGUGAGCCAAACGCAGGAGGAGAUGCGGAAAGGCAAGGAGGUAGCGGACGCCUAUGUUCGGCUGGAAGCUGAGGAAGUCGCUUUCGACGAGGUUGAAGAUGAGGGUGAUGAGGAGCCGGCUUUCGACUUUGGCCUUAGAACCGUUAUCCGGCCCGCUCACGGAAGACUGGAUGGCGACGCCCUCGACGAGUUCCUGCGUCUAAGCCGGGUCCGAUGCCGCUUGAUGUCGGGGCACGGCGGCGACUUGCAGAAGAUUGCACUGAUGGAUUCGACCGACGCCGAGGAACCCAUCGACCUCGACGGCCGGCUCGAGCGGCUCCUUGCUUGCCGGCGAGUUUCGAUACAGGGGGGAGAGAACCUGGGCCUGCUACAUGAGGGGUCUUUCUCUGUUUACCUGGCCGAUGAGUUUGUCGAUUGGGCGAACGAAGCAGGCCAAACCACCGAGCGGAUCGGCAAGGCGAUCCGCGGUCUGCGUGAAGCCGAGGCGAUGUCGGCGGGGCCGAUCGGGCACCUGAUGAACGAUCACUUUCAGGCGCAGGCGAUCAUCAAUGGCGAAGCGAGCCCGCAGUUUCUUCAAGGCACGGACCCGAGACCUCGGGUCGAUCAGUGGCUGGCUUACCUCGCCAACGAGUCGCUCGACUUCGAACGCGAACGGGCGCUAAAGGCGCUCGACCUGCUGGCCGCGUACGACGCGGCGUUCCUCGGCGAAGGGAUGCGCGCCCUGACUUCGAACAAGCCCAACCUGAACUGGCUCCAGCGCCAUUCCAUCGACGACGCUCAACUCGUCGGCGUUCUGGCGCCCGACGUGCCCCAGCGUGGCGCCUACUACUUCGGGGACCUAACGACGAUCGCCGGCGCGCGGACAAGUCGACUCGUGAGUCAGGUGUUCAACAACCAACACGUGCUCUCCGACGCGUUGCGACGUUGGAUGGCCGGCGUCGCUUGGCGCCGCGCCGAGCGCGUGCGGCUUGCGCUGAUUGCUUAUCACCUCGAACACGACGAGUAUCCCGAGAGCCUGGAACCGCUCGUCGGGUCCUACUUGGGCCGUGAAGAGAUUCGCGACCCGUACACGGGCGAGCCGUUCGGCUGGAAGCCGGACGGAUUCGAUUUGCCGCUUGCUGAAGAGUAUCGAGGCGAGAUCGUAAAGCAGAUUGCACCGAUCGGGAUACCGGCGCUGUGGUGCGGCGGCGGUGCCUUGGCGGCGCCCGUCAAACGCCAGGCGCGGGUCGGUAAACCCGGUGCAGGGGGUGUCUCCGACGACAACCGCCCGACCGCAACGGUCAUGUCCCUGCAACCCGUUGAGGAAAUCUACUUCUGGCCGACGGGCGCGUUCUGGAUGCCGGCGCCGAAGUGA